GCCCCCUCCUCAGCUCCUUCUCCAUCCCCGGGUCCAAGAUGGCGGCGGCGGCUCCUCCGGCUCCAUCGCCGCCUCCCCCUCCUCCCGCCGGCCCGUGCUGCCCGGGCUCUUGGCCUAACUUCGCCGUCGUUUGCUCUUUCCUCGAACGCUACGGUGCUUUGCUGGAUCUCCCCGAGCUGCCUUUCCCCGAUCUGGAGCGCGUCCUACAGCCUCCACAGGAACCUGGAGACCAGGUUCCAAAAGAAUUGGUGGAGCUUCACUUGAAACUGAUGAGAAAGAUUGGGAAGUCUGUCACAGCAGACAGAUGGGAAAAAUAUUUGAUCAAGAUCUGCCAAGAAUUCAACAGCACUUGGGCUUGGGAGAUGGAAAAAAAAGGAUACCUAGAAAUGAGCGUCGAAUGCAAACUGGGGAUUCUGAAGUAUCUCUGUGAAUGUCAAUUUGAUGACAAUCUGAAGUUUAAAAAUAUAAUUAAUGAGGAGGAUGCUGAUGCCAUGCGCCUUCAGCCUAUUGGUCGAGACAAGGAUGGACUGAUGUAUUGGUAUCAGCUGGACCAGGAGCAUAAUGUCAGGAUGUACAUAGAAGAACAGGAUGACCAGGAUGGAUCCACAUGGAAGUGCAUUGUUAGAAACAGAAAUGAGCUUGCCGAGACCCUUGAGCUCCUGAAAGCACAAAUUGAUCCUGCCCUGCUGAAAAACAAUUCUCAGCAGGAGAAUUCAUCACGUGAAAGCCCAAGUAUAGAAGAUGAAGACACCAAAAAGGGUGAAGAAGCAUCUACACAAGAAAACCAAUUAAAAAUCAAAGAAGAAAAAGACGAGGUAGAGGAACAGUCAAAGGAAUUGGAAAGUCUUCCACUUCCUGUGGUCAAAGAGGAUGAAAACAUGAUGAAAAUAGAGAAGGCUGAAGAAAAAGAAAUUAUAAAAUUGCCAGUAAUAGUAAAAUUAGAGAAGCCUUCGGAAUACAACGAAGAGAAACAAACUGUCAAAGAAGAAAGUGACUCCUUUAAAGAAAAUGUCAAGCCUGUUAAAGCAGAGGUGAAGGAAAACAAAAUAGAACCAAAAGACCUAAAGGAAGUAAAAAGUUCUACUGACAAAAUAGCAGUUCAUGAGCCCGAGAGGUUAGAAUUUUGUGUUAAUGUCAAAACUCCCCAGGAAAUUGUGGAGAAAUCUGUAGAAGAAAGCGAGAAACUUAAAAAUGACCAGCAGGCAAAAAUACCCCUUAAAAAGCGAGAGAUCAAGCUGACAGAUGACUAUGACAGUCCUAUAAAGGGGUCCCUGUGUAAAUGUGUGACUCCAACGAAGGAUGUCUUGAAGGAAGAGGGGAAACCAGAAGAAGAAACUUUUAAGAGAGUCCCUACAAUUACUGCUUUAUGUCCCGAUGGGAAAGUGCUGGUAAAUGGAGAGGUUAGCAGUGAAAAAAUAACCCCAAGUGUCAUACAAAAUAAUAGGUCUGAGCACUCGGUUGGUACAAAGGAAGACAGCAGCUCAUUAAAAGAGAAAAACGGUAAAAGUGGGGAAAAGGUAUCAGACCCCCUAAAUUCUGUUAGUAAAAUUAUAAAAGCAUGUGAGGUUGAGAAAAAUGCAGUAACUGUGGUGAAAGAGCUAGGAGCUGUGGUCUCUGAGGUUUCAAAUCAGAAAGUGCCUUUAAAGGAGGAAUCUAGUCCCGUGGAGAAAGAGAACCUUGACAGUCCAGCUACUGAGAUGGUAGUGGAAGAAUCUUCAAACUCUGAAGACUGUGCCAAAAAAUCCGAAGAGAAACUAGCCACCAUAAUCCAAAAGGACAGACUGCCACCCAAAGAAUGUUUAGAGAAGCUGGAGAAGCCCACAGAUGCAUCUGCUCCUGCAGAACUGCCCAAGCCUGCGCCGUCUGAGGAAGAAACCUUGGAAAGCAGAAGCGAGCCUGAGGAGAAACCUGAUUCUCCCAAAGCUGCUGAGACACCUCCUCCAUCUUCUUCUCCUUUGACUUUAGAGAAGCCUGUUUUGGAAGGGGAGGGCUCUGAUGCUAAACCUGCUCUCCUUGAGGAGAGCCAAGGAGAAGAAAAAUCCAGCCCUGAAAAACCAGAGGAAGAGCCUGAAGCUGCCAAGCCAGAGCCAGAGGGAUUAGACGAUGCCCAUGCGUCCAACCUAGAGAACUCCUCCGAGAGUAAAAAGGAUUCCCCAACACCUAAAAGCAAAUUUAAGUAUAAACUAGUUUCUGAAGAAGAAAGCUGCACAACAGAUAAUAAAGAAAUAACUUCUGAAAGACAGAAAGAAGGGAUUAAAUUAACUAUCAGGAUCUCCAGUAGGAAGAGAAAGGCAGAAACACCGCCAGAAGACGUCACUGCUGGCCGCACGUUAAGGAGAUCCCCAAGGAUAUCUAAGCCUACUCCGAAAGUUGCGGAGACUCGGGAUCAGAAAUCUGACAAAAAACGAUCUGAAGAGGAAGAGGAGAAACCUGCACAUAAGCAGGAAAGAAAAGAAGAUGCAAAAAAACAGGAGAAGGAGUCAAAUUCUAAGGUUAACAAGAGGAGCAAAGUUCGGUGGACAGGUACACGAACACGUGGCAGGUGGAAAUACUCAAGCAAUGAAGAAAGUGAAGGCUCAGAGAGUGAAAAAAACUCUGAUGAUGAGGAAGAAGAGGAAGAAGAGGAGGAAGAAGAAGCUGCACCUGCUGACGAUGAUGAACCGUGCAAGAAGUGUGGCCUUCCCAACCACCCUGAGCUGAUUUUGUUAUGUGACUCCUGUGACAGUGGAUACCAUACAGCUUGCCUUCGCCCUCCUUUGAUGAUAAUCCCUGAUGGAGAAUGGUUCUGCCCACCUUGCCAGCACAAAUUACUCUGUGAGAAAUUAGAAGAACAGUUACAAGAUCUGGACGUCGUCUUAAAAAAGAAGGAGCGUGCAGAACGCAGAAAAGAGCGACUGGUGUACGUGGGUAUCAGCAUUGAGAACAUCAUUCCCCCACAGGAGCCAGAAAUCCCUGAAGGUCAAGAAGAAAAAAAGAAAGAUUCCAAAAAGCACAAAUCAAAGCUGCUUGAAAGGAGGUCUACCAGAACCCGGAAAUGCAUAAGCUACAGGUUUGAUGAAUUUGAUGAGGCAAUUGACGAGGCAAUUGAAGAUGACAUCAAGGAAGCUGAUGGAGGAGGCAUUGGCAGAGGCAAAGACAUGUCUAACAUCACAGGACAUCGUGGAAAAGACAUUUCUACAAUCCUAGAGGAAGAAAGGAAAGAAAACAAGCGACCCCAAAGGGCUGCUGCAGCACGGCGCAAGAAACGACGGCGACUAAACGACCUGGAUAGUGACAGUAACCUGGACGAGGAAGAGAGCGAGGAUGAGUUUAAGAUCAGUGAUGGAUCUCAGGAUGAGUUUGUUAUCUCAGAGGAAAACCUGGACGAAAGUGAAGAUGAUCCACCGUCAAACGAAGACAGCGAUUCCGAGUUCUGUGCCCGCAUCUCCAGGAGACAUCUCUCCAGGCCCAUGAGGCAAAGCAGGCGGUUACGAAGGAAAACAGCCAAGAAAAAAUAUUCUGAAGAUGAUGAAGAUGAAGAUUCCGAGGACAAUUCAAGCAGAGAAUCUGAGAGUGGUGAUUACACGGAUUACAGUGAUGAUGAUUACCUGGAAACCAGGAGGAGAAGAUCAAGAAGGAAUCAGAAGAGGCAAGUCAACUACAAGGAGGAUUCAGAAAGUGAUGGCUCUCAGAAAAGUGUCCGAUAUGGCAAGGAGUUGAGAAGAGUUCAUAAACGCAGGCUCUCCACUUCAGAUAGUGAAGAGAGCUACGCGUCCAAGAACUCCGAAGAUGACGAUUCCACAAAGGAGUCGAAGCGACGGAUUCGAAAGCGUCGGCGAAGUACGGAUGACUACUCUGAGGAAGGAGAGGAUGAGGAAGAUGAAGAGAGGCCUGUCCGCAAGCGGCUCAAUAGAAUUGAAACAGACGAUGAAGAUAACUGCGAAAAUGCAAACGAUGAGGCAGAAAACCCUGCAAAUAAGCUGCCGGCACCACAGGCUCCUCAAGACAACACCAAGAAGCACUGCUACCGGAUAGAAAGUGACGACGAAGAUGACUUUGAUAACGUGGGGAAAGUAGAGAGCCCUUUGGACUACAGCCUGGUGGACUUGCCUUCCACCAACGGACAGAGCCCAGGUAAAACCAUUGAGAACUUGAUUGGCAAACCUAGUGAGAAGACCCAAGCCCCCAAGGACAGCACAGCCAGUGCCAGCCUGGCGCCCAACGGGACGGGGAGCGGGCAGGAAGUGGUAGGGCCAGAGGAAGAUGAAGAUGAACUUUUGAGAGUGACUGACCUUGUUGAUUACGUCUGUAACAGUGAACAGUUAUAAGACUUCCAUUUUUGUGCUAAUUUAUUCCACGGUAGCUCAUACCAGCGGGCCAGUUAUUAAAAGCUGUUUUAUUUUUCCUAGAAAAUUCUCCACUACAGUAUCACUUUUUAGAAGCAAGAAUUUCACCAGUCCUGCAGUCUUUCUGUGAAGUGACCAGUUUUGAACUUUGAAGAAGAAUUGCUGUAAAUUCCCUCUCUUACCCCCCUUUCUCCUUCCGAGUCCAUGGUCCUGGGUAAUUUCACUCACAAAUACCUUAUCACAACAAGAGAUUUGUAUAUUUUUGGCUUUAUAUUUCCUGAGUGCAUACAAAUUUGUGGAAAUGGGUGGCCUAAGAAAGCAUUCCAAAUCGGUCAGGGCCCAAACCGAAAUUGGGGUGGGUUUGGCUCAAGGGGUGGGCGGGGUGCAGAAGCACUUGUGCUUUAGCUUUUUCAUAUGAGAUAUAUAUUAUAUUUAAAUGUUCACAACUUAGAUUACAACUUAACAGACAGUCUCAAAUUUAACGUCUGUACUGUCGCAUUUUGUGAGUUGUAGGUUAACAUGCCAUAGCUCAUUAGUAAUCACCUUCAUGGAAGCAGUUUGAUUUUAAUACAGGAGGCAAACAGAAUUACUAGAGGCCGAGAAGGUACCAUAAACAAGAACUCUACUAUCCAUUAUGACUUGCAGACUUUCCUAAUAAACAUCCUUUAAAGUGUUUGUACAGUAAAGUGUACUGUAAUGAAGUUUUUGACAGUUGAAACACGCUAGCAAUGAAUUUGCAAAGCUAUUCCCAUGCGUAGUUCAUCAGCUGGUCUUCUGUGCACGGUGUCCAGUGGGAGGACGCAGCGAGGCGAAGCUGGUCUGUAAGCAGGAUGGCAUCUUGGCGUGCUGUAAACUUUUACAGACAAAAGAAUCCUGCAGCAGCUGCCUGGCCACUUGGGUUUCACCUUCCGUUGGAGCAUUCGGAAUGGAACGUGUCUGUACAAACUGCACUGACCACAGAAUUGCAGCGCUUCAGAGGAUGGAGGGAUUUUCCAAUAAACCGUGACUGGUCCAUUCAUGUCCUUAGUAUCUACUUCAAAUUGAAGUAAACAAAUGGAACAGUUUUCCUUUUGGAGGUUUUCUGUUUGGGGUUUGUGUGUGUUUUUGUUUUGAUUUUAGUUAUCUGCCUGGAUGUAUUAGCAGGUUUUGAAUGUAGUGUUGGCCUUUGGCCAUUAGAAUUUUCUUAAAAUACAUUUUAAUAAUUGUCAUGUGACCAAA